AUGAUACUACUUGCGGGUCUUGCACUUCAGAAAGCGACGCCGUAUCUUCAACUUCUCCAAACACUUGCUCACCAAAAUGCACAGAAAGAAUAGGUUCAUGCGUUAUUUAGUAGUAAUUUUAUAAUUUAGUUCAUAAUUUUUUAGAGGUCAAUGAACAGUUGGCUCAAACGGCUGUGCAACUUGUACAGAUGACACAACUUGCGGGUCUUGCACUUCAGAAAGCGACGCAGUAUCUUCAACUUCUCCAAACACUUGCUCACCUAAAUGUACAGCUGGCUCUAACGGCUGCGCAACUUGCUCAGAUACUACUACUUGCGGGUCUUGCACUUCAGAAAGUGACGCAGUAUCUUCAACAUCUCCAAACACUUGCUCACCUAAAUGCACAGCUGGCUCAAAUGGCUGCGCAACUUGCACAGAUAGCACUACUUGCGGGUCUUGCACUUCAGAAAGCGAUAUAG